GAAAAACGUAAUUAAUUAAUACUUAUGAGUUCUAAAGUGAAGAACAUCUACUUAUCAUUACGUCUACGUUUGGAUGAACUCAAAGUAGUGACAAUAAAGACAUGUUAGAUAGGAAUAAACAUUUUAUUGUUUGCAUCUCUGAGAGGAGAUUAAAAAGCAAAAAAUUAAAAUUCACUUUAACAAUAUGGCCUUACUUCUCAAAAAUAAUUACAAUAAGCUUAAUAAAUCUCAUCUUCACUUUAUAAUCACAACUUUGGCAGUUUUUAUCCUGAAGUAAAUAAGUUUAAACUAAUUUUUAGUUUAUAAGAGCAUCAAUUACUUUAUAUUUGGUUGGAUUAGUCAUUAAUUUACUUCAUACUGAAAUAUUGAACGUAAUUAAUAAGAAAUUCAUUUUACAAAAAUGCGUAGGAACAAUAGUUAUAGUUUUUCUUCAUAUUUUAGACUUAAUGAUUAUUAAUGAUUACCUAAUAUUAAAUUCAGAAUACAGUAAUCUAACUUAAGCUGUAUCAGAUAUAUAUGUAGAUUCUGUAAGAAAAUAAAAAGAUAUGAUUUAAUUAUUUGAAGCAAUUAUCAGAUAAUUAGUGAACAUAAAUAGGUAAAGUAGAUUUUAUAAUUAUUCAGAUUUCUUUCAGUAUUUUUUUAAGCAUCUGCUCUAUGGGGAGAAGGGAUUAGAAAAUUGAUUAAAAAUAAAAGAAAGACUUGGGGUACAACUGAAUCUUAAUUAUCAUCUCCUUAAACCUAAGAAAAGACUUAAAUAAAUCAAAUUCCACCAGUCAAUACCAUUACCAAUAAAAUGAAGGGUUAAAAAAAAGAAAUAAUUUAACAUUCAGGAAAAAAAAAGAAAUAAUAAUAACAAUAACAAAUUGAAAAAGUUGAAGAAAGAGGACAAUCUAUAGAAAAAAAGAAAAAAAAAAUUUCAGAAAAAAAACCAUCUAAAUUAUCCCCUAAUUAAUACGAAUAAUAGAAUGAACCUAAAAUUGAUGAAUCUUAAUAACUAAUUCUUUCUAAAUAGGUUUCAUAAAUUUAAAAAGAUGAAUAAAAUAAUUCAACUUAAGCUGGUUCAAAUGGAACCAAAUCUUUAUUUGAUCAUAGAAUUAAAUCAAGUAGAAGUGAAUCAUUUCCAAUUAAAUUAAACUAACAUAUUGAAAUAUCAUAAAAAUAUCAAAGAUAUUCCUCUUAGAAUUAAAAAAAAUAAAUUGAAUAAAAAAAAUAAAUUAGGCCUUUAUAUGAUAAACUUUAUAAAUUCAAUUUAUAAACCAAUGUUGAUAAAUAUGAAAUUAAAGUUCAUAGUAUAACUGAAAUGAACAAUUCAAUUAAUAAAAUUGCAUAAGAGAAUUCUUGGAAUUCAUUUUUAACAAUUAAUGUAAAGUUAAAUUAUUGGAAAGAAGCUUAUUAAUAAAUGCAGACUUAAGAAAUUAAAGAAGAAUUGUAAAAAGUAAUUGCCUAAUAUGCAUUAUAUUUAAUGAAUCAACAUGCUUAAAAUUAAGAAAUAGUAGAAUGA